AUGACGGCCCCAGUGAUAGACCCCUCUCACAUUCCGGGCACCGUGCUUCUCGUCGAUAUCGAACACGUCUCGAACACACGCCAUCUCGACCAUGGUGAUCGGGACAUCGUGCUAAUUCCGCCGCCAUCUCAAGAUCCUGAUGAUCCGUUGAAUUGGAGUCCGAGGCGAAAGUUGCUGUCCACUGUUUGUGUGAGCGUAUACACCCUCUUCGCCGGCAUUUCUGCCUCGGUAGUCUACUCUGUCAUCACUCCCUUGGCCAAGGAGACGGGAUUGUCAGUCAGCACCAUCAAUCAAGGCACGGGAUAUAUGUUCCUGCUCGCGGGGUGGGGGCUUUUAUUCUGGCAGCCUUUUGCAAUGCAGUUUGGAAAGAGGUUGACAUACUUACUUUCGCUGGCGGGACUCUUGGCGACAACCAUGUGGGGUCCGUAUGCUGGCACUGACGGUCAAUGGAUCGCUCGAACGGUCAUCAUGGGCUUCUUCCUUGCGCCUAUCGAAGCCCUUCCCGAAGUGACCGUCACGGAUGUGUACUUCACCCACGAGCGCGGCAGCUACAUGGGUCUCUACGCCUUCUUCCUUGCGGGCAGCAAUUUCUUCGCCCCAGUCAUCUGCGGGUUCAUCGCCGACUACCAAGGAUGGCGAUGGGUGUUCUACUGGCCCAGUGUCUUUCUUGCGUGCGCGAUGAUCUUUCUGUUCUUUUUCAUGGAAGAAACCACCUAUGUGCGAGAAUCUGUCGAAGAUCCGAUGACGCUGAAUGGCGGCAUACAGGCACUGGAGAAGAGUCUUUCUUCGUCCCGUGCAGAUGUCGCGGAUGCGGAGGAAAAGGCAUUUCCAAAGACGGGAGAAUCCGAUCCUUCUCCGGCUGACGCUGUGACAGACCAUGGAGAGGGGCUGCUUUUAACAAAAAAGACAUAUUUACAGAAGUUGUCGUUGUUGGGGCCCAAGCAGACUCACAAUAAUAUGCUCCUGAGGUUGUGGCAAACGUUGUAUUAUCUGUCGUGGCCUGUGAUUUUCUAUGCGGGAUUCUCUUAUGGCUCCUAUCUGGUUUUGUUCAAUAUCUUGAACGGCACGGCUUCGAUCAUUCUUGGCUCUGCGCCUUAUAACUUCAGUUCCUCCAUGGUCGGCGUGAGCUAUAUUGCCUGCUGUCUGGGCGUGGCCAUUGGCUCCAUCUUCACCGGCCGCUUCAGCGACUGGCUCACCCUCAGACUAGCCCGUCGCAACAACGGCAUCAUGGAAGCCGAGCAUCGGCUCUGGCCCUUUCUCGCCUGCCUGAUCCUCGUCCCGGGCUCCCUUCUCCUCUGGGGCGUCGGGGCAGCCCACGAAAUCCACUGGUUCGGUCUGAUCGUCGCCAUGUGCAUGGUGGCCAUCACCAACACCUGCGCCGUGACACUGAGCAUCAACUACCUGGUGGAUAGUUAUCGGGAGUUGAGCGGGGUGGCCAUGGCCAGUGUGAUUCUGGUGCGGAAUACUAUGUCCUUUGCGAUUGGCUAUGGAAUCACCCCGUGGAUUGAAAAUAUGGGAUACCAGAACUGUUUUAUCUCGGCGGCCUUUGUGGGGAUGGCUUGUUCGGCGGUGUUUUUGGUGAUGAUCCGGUAUGGGAAGAUGUUUCGGAUUCGGAGUCGGGAGAAGUAUUGGGAGAUUGUGCAGGGCAAUUGGGAGAAGGGGUUGCAUUAG